AUGUCAAUCUACAGCAAUAUCGCAACCAGCAAGGAGCGCCACGACCAGAUCCAGGCCGAGCUCGCCGCCGUAGAGAGCAGCCCUGAGUCCCUCCAGUCGCAAGAAAGCUACCUGGCCGAGCUCCGGAGAGAGCUGACCAAUACCAACAGGCAGUUGGCGCAGCUGCACAAGGUUACUAAAGGGAACCGCGAGCUGCACGAAAAGUAUCGCGAUAGUACACUACGCCGCCUACUUUAUCGAGCGAGGGGUAAGCGAGAAGAGUUCGAGGCCAAGGCCGACCAGGAGAUGCGCGAUUACUACGACGCCCUGGCCAAGGAGAACCGUGCGCAGGCGCAGUGGGAGAUGCUGGAGGCGCAAGUCGCGGACGCGGUUGACCACGAGAAGGAGCUUCAGCGCGCAUGUACCACGAGGGAGCGACUGCAUGCGGAGCUGGACACCAUCUACAAGCGGAUCUUUGAGGGGCGGACGGAGGAGUUCCCCGAGGAGGAUGCGCAGGAGGAGACAACGAAGCAGGCGCGGCGGGAGUAUGGACAACGGCGGGAACGAUGGAGUGAUCUUCGGCAGGCGACACAGUGUCUCGCGCGAGCGCAGCUGACGCUCCGGGAGGUGUUGCUUAAUUUGGCGGAGACACUGCGGUACUGUGAGAGGGACCUAUGGACUUUUGGAAGCACCCUAGCCGAUUGGCGGCAGCAGGACUGUCUGUCCCGGGCUCAACAGAAGGUUACCCAGACGCAGAUGCUAGUCGCGCAGGCCAGACGGCUGGAUCCCAGAGUACAAGCUCUUCCGGCCAUGAACCUUGUUCAGCAUGACUGGGUUGGGGAGCUAGUCUUUGGUACCUUUUUGUUUCACACCAGUUUUCUGGACAUGAUGCAGCAGUCUGUUCUCGAGGUGAAGCGUGCAGAAGAGGUUUUGGCAGUCCAGGUUAGGCAGGCAAAGUCCCGUGAAGAUGACAUGCAGGCUCAAGUGGAAGAAGCGCGGGUGGCUUUCGAGACCGCACAGCAAGAUCUUCGCCAGAUCAGAUAUGAGCUCUUUAUGAAAACUGCGGAUCCUCCGCCGCCAUACACCGAGCCGAUGUCUCCUGGGAUCAGUGUCUAG